UUUCGAACGUCUGAUUAUAUUAAUACUACCGUCCCCGUUCUUAGAAAAUACUUGUUCACAUCAAUGUUCAUACAAAAUCAACAGUUGUAUACCUUAUGUAUUUUAUAUACAUUUUUUCUUCAAUUUUCUUUUAACCAUGAAUUAAAUGUAACAUAGUUUAAACACUUAGUGUGGAUUCAUGUUUUGUCUCAUCCCUUCCAUAGAAAUAAGAGAAAGCACCUGUAAAAUAACCCCUUUUUAUUUCUGGAAAAGUAUAAAAAAGGAAUGUUAGAAAAAGACAGAAAUAGACGCAACAACCUUUAAGGAUAUAAUAAAGCAAAUAAGCAAUUUGAAUAUUGAACGUGACUUUAAAUUUGCACAUGAAUUGCUGCUGAAAUUGAAAAACGCUACUUCAGUUGGUCAAAAUCAAAUAUGACCAACGCGAAUUUUUAACUAUAACAUCACACAUGGAAAUAAUUCAUAUAGAAAAAUGUACUCGUUUUAAUAAAAAAAAUACAAGAAAAAUAAAUUUCUAGUCUUACUAAUAAACACAUUAAGUAUGUCGGACUAGUAUUCAUAUGAAUUCAAUUCGAAAUAUAGAAUUACGUACUUAGUCUAACAAAACAAAUGUUUAGUCAGAUAAACACAACGAAGAAACAACGAGGAGCAUCAUAAAAAUGAUAGACAAAAACCCAUAAUUUCUCAUUUGACCAAUUAAACCUAACAAAUGCCGUCCCCCGUCUCCUAAUUUCAAACACAUCAAAUUCAUUUAUAAAGACUUAUUCAUUGUUCCAACCUGCCAAUCGCCCAUCCUCUUAAUUAUACACUUUAUUACUACUACUUUCUUUAUGCUUUUCUCAGCACUUUAUAUUCUUUCUUUACUACAAUAUUCAUGAUUUCGUCCACCUUGUUCUUAUCAUCAUUUUAGUUCAUUCCCCUGUUUGAUUUCAUUUCACACCCCUUUAUUUAAUCAUGUUUCUGUAUGUGAUUGCAAUAAUUGCUUCAUCUUUUCUUCUGAAGUUUGUAUUGAAAACUUCCUUGGUGCAAAUUCUGAAGAAAUGGUGGCGAUUGUUCGAGGACGGUUGUUAUGUGUACCAGUUCUACAGAGUCCCGCAAUUCAACCACAACAUGCAGGAAAAUCAAUUGUAUAGAAAAGUUUGCACUUAUCUGAAUUCUCUGCCGUGUGUUGAAGAUUCUGAUUUCACCAACCUUUUCUCCGGCGACAAGUCCAAUGAAAUCAACCUCGUUUUGGAUUCAAACCAAAUCGUCGUUGACAAUUUCCUCAGCGCCAGAGUUUGUUGGAUCAAUGAACAGGACGAAAACACCGGCCUGAAAUCGCUUGUUAUGAAAAUUAGGAAGAACGACAAGCGUCGAAUUCUACAACCUUAUCUUCAACAUAUACAUUCUGUGUUCGAUGAAAUUGAGCAGAGAAAAAAGGAGGUGAGAUUAUUCUUGAACGUAGAUAACGAACCUCAGAGAAAUGGACGGUGGAGAUCAGUGCCGUUUACACAUCCAGCAACUUUUGAAACUAUCGUGAUGGACGCGGAUCUCAAAAACAAAGUCAAAUCUGAUUUAGAAAAUUUCCAAAAGUCAAAACAGUACUAUCAUCGUCUCGGCAAAGUUUGGAAACGGAGUUAUCUCCUCUACGGACCUUCCGGUACCGGAAAAUCAACAUUCAUCGCCGGAGUAGCGAACAUGCUGAAUUACGACGUGUACGACGUUGAUUUAUCUAAAGUAACAGACGAUUCGGAUCUGAAGAUGCUUCUGUUACAGACUACGAACAAGUCGUUGAUUGUUAUCGAAGAUCUCGAUAGUUAUUUAGGGAACAAAUCAACGGCUGUGAGCUUAUCUGGAAUUCUUAAUUUUAUGGACGGAAUAUUCUCGUGUUGUGGGGAAGAGCGAAUUAUGAUCUUUACCGUGAAUAAUAAAGAUCAGAUUGAUCCAACGGUUCUAAGGCCAGGAAGAAUUGAUGUUCACAUACACUUCCCUUUAUGUGAUUUUAAUGCGUUCAAAAGCCUAGCGAAUAGUCAUUUGGGUUUAAAAGAUCACAAGCUGUUCCCACAAGUAGAGGAGAUUUUUCAAACCGGGGCGGUUUUGAGCCCGGCUGAGAUAGGCGAGAUUAUGAUAUCGAACCGGAGCUCCCCGACCCGGGCACUGAAAUCGGUCAUUUCUGCUUUGCAUAUCAACACCGAGUCAAGGGCGGCGAAUCGGCAUGCACGACGGUUGAGUGAGAGCGGAUCGGUUCGAACCGUGGAAGAAACGGGUGACUCGGGAAUUUUUUGCAAGGACGGUGUGAGAGACUUCAAGAAACUAUAUGGACUUUUACGGAUAAGGAGCGGUAGAAAAGAUCCAUCCUUCGAGUUUGAUACAUCGGAUAAGGAUAAUUCACGUCAUGACAAUUAACUUAUGUUGGUUUGAGGCUUUAAUAAUGAACCCUUACUUGCAUAAUCAUUUAUUUAUUUAUCUUUCAGAAUGAUGUAAGUUGUUAUUUCUAGUGAGUGAUUUUUAGUUGACUUAACAUAAAGAUUGUAGUUAGAAUUCAUUAUCUCAUAUUGAUUAAACUUUGAUCAAAGUUAUCGCUCUGUUUUUGUUAGUUAUA